GUUACAACUUUUACUAAGCGCUUGUACGAGAAGAUAGCUCUAGCAACAAGACAACCAUAAAAGGAAUCAUAUGUAGUUAUCCCGGAAAUAUGAAGAGAGGAAAACGCUAGGACUUCCCAAUACAUGAAGAUGAAACACACUAGCGGUAGAGUUUUUUUUCUAAAACACUUUUAAAAAGGGUAAAUUACAAUUUGAGUCAUUUUUUAUUAUCAAAGUUUUACUUUAGACUACACUUUAUCCAAUCUUUUCAUUUAUAUCAACAAUCCCGAGCGUAUCGGUUUCGCCCUAGCGAUCUCCCCUCACCUAUAGGCAAGACAUACAUUUGAGGAUAAGUGGAUAGAUAUAGCUAGAGAAGAGACCAGGGGUGGAACAGAGUAACAAAUAUAAAGUUAUCUAGUGAUUGGACUAAGAGUGAUCGAAAGUAAAACUUUGGCAUUAAAAUAUGACUGGAAGUACAAUCCAGUCUUAAAACCUUACUUUAUCUGGGUUUGGAUCCAAUAAUUUAAAAUUGUUUCUUUUAUUUGCUUUGUAACUGUAACUUUUCCUUCUAUAUUGUUCUAUUGUAUGUAUAUAUUGCGGUAGGAGACUCUCGUUUUCGACUUUAAGAAUAGAAAAAUAAAACAUUAAAUAUGUAUAUGUAUUGAAAUUUCUCCUUAAUUACUUCACUUCCCAAGAUGAACAAUCAGCCAUUUUGCCACAACAAUAGCCCAGAGCACACCAACCGCGUCGAUUUCUUUUUUCCCCCUCAUGUCUAGAGAUCUGAAACUAAAAAAAAAAAAAAGAAAUUACCAUGCAGUAAAAAUCUAAUUAUAGCAACUUUCAGUUCAGCUAGCUCAUUUUCAAGUGUGCUUCUUUUCAGACAACAAUACGUGCAUGUAAAUGGCAUUCUCAACACCAAAAACACAUUAAAAACCAUCAAGAAAAAAUAGCAAAAAAAUCUAGCUAGGUACGAAGAAAAAAAUAGCCAACAAAAAAACAUGUUUAUUUGGAGCAUGUCUAUUUAUCUCCUUCCUCUUUAGUCCAGCUCUCACCUCUCUAUAUAAACUCCUUUGACCCCCAUCAUUCUCCACACCUCAAAGCAUCUCUUCUUCCUCCUCACCUCUCCUACGUAGUUGCAACCAACAAGAAGCACAAGCUUCGUCUAGCCCGAUCCAGCGUCGACUCAUCGGCUUCCUCAAGCUCAAGCUCAAGCUAGCUUUGCCGGCAAUGGCCGACCGCUGCUGCGUUUACAUGCACGAGAUGGAUGACGUCCACCGGUGGCUGCCGUCGGAGGUCCUCAGGGACAUCGGGAUCGCAGAUGCCGACGAGCGCCGCCGCCUCGCCAUCGUCGAGGAUCGACCUCGCCAGGCCCAGCGCCCUCUCUUCUCUUGUCACCAUCGACCACAGGUGACGGGCGGGGAUGGUGGUGAAAUGCUUAGGGACCAUCACGCCCUCGCGGGCGCCGGCCGUCCAAGGGUGGCCGCCACGCCGCCGCUGCAACUGCGACUUGUUGGGAAUAGUCGACUGCCAUUGCCAGCGCCGGCCGCGCCGUGGCAUGUCAUGACGGGUGGCCCAAGGAACACCAUGGUUCUGCGCCCAGCGCCGCCACCGGCGAUGAACCACCCACACCCGCUACUCCGUGGCGGCGCCGUCACCGGAGCAGCUCCGCCGGUGACGACGCGGCGCAGCAGCGGCACAGGCUUCUUCUUGCCGCGCACCACGGCCGCCGACCCCCGCCACGCGAACCACCACAUGACGGCGGCUGCGGCGAGGCCCCCCUACUACCAAUGUUCCACCGAGGCAGUGUCGGGCACAAAGGCACCGGCGAGGCAACGAGGCAGCGGCUGCGGCGACGACCAUGGCGAGGAGGCAGCAAGAGCUCACGCGAGCAAUGGCGGCAAACAUGCAGCAGCUCGCCGGUGCUCCAGCGGCAACCACCAGCCCGUGCCCAGAGCUCGCUCUACCACAGGAAUGGACUCAUUAGGGCAUGGACAUGACGCACUCAUGCACCAGCCUGCAGUGAUCACACACUACAACUACAUGCACGGACAUUUAUGCGCACCAUAUCAUUGGUGUUAGCGUGUAGCUGUAGAGUGCAGUGAAGUAAUUUAUGUUCUAGACUAAAAGGUCACAGUCGAAAUUGUUUUAACUCGUUUGUGGCUUUCAAUAUAAGCUGGGCCGUGAGGUAUUUCCUGUAAAAAUAUAUAUAUACUCCCUCCGUUUCACAAUGUAAGUCAUUCUAGCAUUUCCCACAUUCAUAUUGAUGCUAAUGAAUCUAGACAUAAUGCUAGAAUGACUUACAUUGUAAAACGGAGGAAGUAUGUUUUAACUCGAUUGCUGAAGUUGUGGCAAGAUUCAAUCUUGUUGCUGUUCCAGUCCAUACCAACUGCUCUUCAGCUUGUGAUUUGUGCAUUCUACAUAGACAUGCAUGCUACAGUUA